AAUUUUGCAUAAUCAGGGGAAAACACACGGAGAAAAAGAAAAACUUUUUACAUCUUUCAAUCCCUCGGAAUAAUUUGUCUUUGUAGACAUCAAAUGCGGGGAAGAGUAGACACAAGCAAAUCAGAGAGUCAUGCAAUCAUUGUACCACAACAGUGGUGUUAAGAAACUUUACAAGACAUGGAAGAUGAGGUAAAAGCAGCCCAAGUUAGAGCAACUAAUCCAGAAAACACAACAACAACAUCAAGAGUAUUCCCUUGUUUAUUUUGUGCAAGAAAGUUUUACAGUUCCCAAGCCUUGGGAGGCCAUCAAAAUGCUCACAAGAAGGAGAGAACAGCUGCAAGAAAGGCCAAACGUGCUGCAGAAUAUGCAGAAGGAAACUUCUCUUCACCUUCGCCGCCACCUCCUCUGGUUUUUGCUCCAACUCAUCACUUGGGCAUGCUACAUCCUUCCAUGUAUAUAACUCCACACGCUGCCAAUCUCCGAUCUUUCCCCAGUCACCAACCGUCGGAUCGUUUUGGAUCCAAUAUUGGUGCAGCAGCCAGGUUUGAGAAUUUAGUCUACUAUGGUGGGAGUUAUCCAGCCAACCAAUACCACUUUGAAGAAGAUGAGCUCUUGAAAUGGCAGAGAAGCACACGAUCAUGCAAUAACUUCAAUGGACCUGUGAUGAAUGAUGAUCACAAUCUUGAUAACAAGGAUAAGGAUCAAAAGCUCGAUCUUUCUCUCCAUUUAUAAAUAGAACUUGUAUUUAGCAUACUGUUAUAUAACUGAGAGAACGUGACCGACAGUAAAAAUUAGUCAUUAUUUUUAAUGUCACGUUCUUUCGGUUGCAUGAUAGUUGAAUAUACGAGUUUAAUAAUAAAAAUGGAGGAUAUGGAAUUGAAGAAGAUGGGUAGGCUAGAGGGAGCAAUGGCCAUUUUUUUUUUUUUGGUUUUUUGUUCUUAGAGGGCUUAAACUACAUGUUUUAGCGAACA